AUGAUAACUUUUUUUGUAAAGAAGCAGGCCGGUUGGCUGACAAGGCGUUUGCGUGCCCAAUUGGUGUCGAAGAAUAGCAUCCGUCAUGCCUCGUUUACUGUCCAUCAUCACUGCCAUGACUGCGUGGUCAUCGGCGCUGGUGGGGCCGGGCUCAGGGCUGCCAUCGGCUUUGCUGAAGCUAAAUUCUCAGUAGCUAUGGUUUCCAAGCUGUUCCCCACUCGUUCUCACACAAUUGCUGCUCAGGGCGGCAUGAAUGCUGCUCUUGGGAGCAUGCACGCGGACGAUUGGAAAUAUCAUUUCUAUGAUACUGUCAAAGGAUCGGAUUGGCUCGGUGAUCAGGAUUCCAUACACUACCUAACUCGUGAGGCUCCUGUCUGUGUGCUAGAACUGGAGAACAUGGGCAUGCCGUUUUCAAGGACAAAAGAAGGGAAAAUAUACCAGAGACCCUUCGGUGGAGGAACCGUGAAUUUUGGCAAGUCUGUAGCCAAAAGGACGUGUGCUGUUGCUGACCGCACCGGUCACGCCCUACUUCACACGUUGUAUGGAUACUAUACAAAGUUUAAGAAUAUCGAUACUUUCACAGAGUUCUUUGUGCUAGAUUUGUUGGUGCAGGAUGGGGAAGUUGUUGGGUGUCUGGCUUUAGACAUGGAUGAUGGAAGCAUUCACAGAUUCCAAGCCAAGCACACAGUAAUGUCAACUGGAGGUUACCCGAGGAUGUACUUCUCGUGCACAGCCGCGCACACUUGUACUGGUGACGGAACCGCUAUGGCCUCGCGGGCUGGUAUUCCGCUGCAGGAUAUGGAGUUCAUUCAGUUCCACCCCACUGGUAUGUAUGGUUCAGGUUGCCUAAUGACGGAAGGUGCUCGUGGUGAAGGUGGAUAUCUGGUGAACAGCGAAGGCAAGCGCUUUAUGGAGAAGUAUGCUCCCAAAGCUAAGGACUUGGCUAGUCGUGACGUCGUAUCUAGAUCAAUGGCCACUGAAAUACGACAAGGUCGAGGAGUUGGACCGAAAAAAGACCACGUGCACUUACAAUUGCACCAUCUCCCCGCUGAGACGUUGAAAGAGAAGCUUCCAGGGAUCUCGGAGUCUGCCUUUACCUUCACGGGUGCUGACGUGUUCACCCAACCUGUACCAGUCAUACCCACCGUCCAUUACACCAUGGGCGGUAUACCCAUCAACUACAAGGGAGAGGCGCUAGUCCACCAAAAUGGCAAGGAUUGUAUUGUACCUGGACUGUACGCAGCUGGUGAGGUAGUCAGCAAUGCGCACGGUGCCAACAGGCUUGGAGCCAAUUCUAUCCUCGAUGUUGUAGUCUUCGGGAAAUCAAUAGCUUUAACUGUAGCAAAGAACUUUAAGCCAGGAGAAAAACAAGUUGCUUUAAAAGACAAUAUCUGCGAAGCGACACUUGAUAAUUUAGAAAAGGUCAAAAAUGCGUGUGGCUGUGCUGCACCACAUGAACUAAGGGAAGCAAUGAGACACAGUAUGCAGGGUAAAUGUGGAGUAUUCAGAGAUGCCAAGCUGCUUAACGAAGCUGACCUGGAAAUUCAGAAAUGGUACAGAGCUUUCGAAGACAUUAAGGUGACAGACAAGCGAAGUAACUGGAAUACUGAUCUGAUCGAAGCUCUGGAGUUGCAAAACAUGCUCCAAUGUGCUGUUCAGGUAGUUGCCUGCGCUAAAAAUAGAACUGAGAGCAGAGGUGCUCACUUCAGGGAUGAUUGCCCGAAGAGACUUGACGAAUUCGACUACAGCAGAUCCACUGAGGGACAGAAAAAGAAGUCCUUUACAGAACACUGGAGAAAACACUCGAUGUCCACGUUGGACCUUUGCUCUGGCAAAGUAACAAUUUCAUACAGACCAGUGAUUGACAAAACGUUGGACGAUAGAGAAGUGAAAUGGAUCCCUCCCGUACCCAGGGUCUACUAAAUUUGUUAUCGGUUAAAAUAAUAUUUUGAUGGAAUAGACGUAUUUAUUUUUAAUAC